AUGACAGAGAUGUCUUCAGGUGACUCUCAGAGGGAAUGUGAUGUGACAACUAUUGAUGAGCUGAGCAAAGAAGAACUGGAUGCACUCCAGAAGCUUGGCAAUGAAACCAUUUCCAGCCUAGAGGCUGACAUAGAGCUGCUUGAGAGAAAGAUCAAAAAGUUUGGACCAGGUGCUUUACCAAUGCGAAAUGACACCAGCUCAGUUACAGAAAUGGAAAGCAUUUUACAGAAGGACAUCGACACAUACAGUGCCAGACUGAAGGAAACGGUGAGACUGACCGGUGUCACAAUAGAAAACAUUAGCAGAGAAGUCUUGGAGCUUGAUGACAACCACUGCAUAAAACAGUUUGCUCUGGAACUGCUGUUCAUGAACCGAAAAGUUCACCUCAAGUACACAUUGGAGGACACCUGGACCAGUGUUGGAGAGCAAGGGGGAAAGAUCACCUGGUUCGAGGUCAAGUUUGAAGAGGACAUUAAUGAAGCUGUCGGAGCAGAAAUUGCUAAAGCAGCUGACAAUCUGGCAAUACAUUCCGUGUUCUCAAUACUGAAGAGCUUUGUCCAGUGGCAGGUUAGCCGGGAUAAGAUGAUGAAACAUUUCACAGAGAAAUACCCGGAGAAUGUCUCACAGCAGACGGGCAAGGAGAGGAACCAGUGCCUGAGGAUUAUCAACAAGCCAGAUCGUCCUGAGUUCGUCUUGGAGUUGGGCCGAAAGAUUGUCAAUUCCAGAGUGGAGGCAGAUGUCAAAGUGGAAGUGAAUGCACCCAAGGAAUUGUUGGAAAUGGACAGAAAGAAGAUUCUCAGGGCUAUCCCAGACAUGUUUGCUACGAUGGUGAAGAAUUUGGGCCUGGAAAAGGCCAUUGAUGGCCUCAUUCAGAUGGUGAUUUCUGAUGGGCAGAGAAUUCUUCAGACACAUUCAGUGCCAAUAGAAACACCACCAGAGAAUGCAGAAUCAGUGGAAACACCACUGGGAAAAACAUCACAAGAUGAUGAAGAGUUUAUGGAAACACCACAGGAGGAGAUUUGA